AUGACAUCCAUGCAAGGCUACUACGAACAGGCCGAGGUCCCCAACUGGCUUGAUGCCGUUUCUGGGGACAACCGAAGCAUCGACCGAAGUCCAUCAGGUGGUCACCACCCACCACAAUACCCGCCACCCGGACCAGCCAUCUCAGUCCGAACAACACCCAUCUCCCCAGUCAUCGCAAUGUUCCUCUCUCGAUCUACAAACUCUCUGAAGCUGGAGCAUAAACUUCCAGCCGCGAGGCUGUUGGGCAAAUCAUCUCUUCGUCGGCUGUACGAUCAAAUCAGCCAACACGACCCACGACGGACAUUCACCGAGUUCCGCAACGAAGAAGACUCAGUCUCGCUGGCCACGACCGCAACCGACUCAGAGUACGAAAACUGUUUCCUCCCAUCCUGUGGAGCCCUACCACCACAGUCCGGAGAAUCCUUUGCAACCACCUCUACUUCCCCAUCACCGUCGCCCUUGCCGCCUACCAACCACGAACCCCAGUGGUUGCCUCUUGUGGCUGCACGACUUAUAUCGAGCAAGGCCCGCAAAGCAUAUCGGUCCUUGAAGAAGAUGAAGUUUUCUCGGUGA